CUAUGGCUCUAUCCAGUUUUGUGGCUGGCAGUUUACCAAAAACAAUGCAAAAUUGUAAACAACUAGCCAGCUACGCAGCAUCGCUUCAGACUGGCGAAAUUGACGCGCGUGAACCGACCCAAUUUCUUCGUCUCAGAAAUGUGUCGUCACACAGCAACAACAAACAUGGAGGAAUAUGCCCGUGAACCUUGUCCCUGGAGGAUAGUAGAUGAUUGUGGUGGUGCGUUCACCAUGGGGACAAUUGGCGGAGGGGUAUUCCAGUCAAUCAAGGGCUUUCGGAAUGCUCCUGUGGGCUUUCAGCACAGACUAAAAGGUAGUGCCAAUGCUGUGAGAAUAAGAGCUCCACAGAUCGGCGGUAGCUUUGCUGUGUGGGGUGGACUCUUCUCAACGAUAGACUGUGGUCUGGUCCGUAUUCGAGGGAAAGAGGACCCCUGGAACUCUAUAACUAGUGGGGCGAUGACUGGGGCAGUUCUGGCUGCACGCAGUGGGCCCUUGGCUAUGAUGGGGUCAGCCAUGAUGGGGGGCAUCCUGCUGGCCCUGAUCGAGGGCUUUGGGAUCCUUCUCACCAGAUACACAGCACAGCAGUUUCAGAACCCGAGUCCCUUUGUGGAUGACCCCAGCCAGCUUCCUCCUAAGGAUGCCAGCCAACAGCAGACUGGGUUCCAGUAGAGCCCAACCAGGACUGGAGCUACUGAGCAUAGCUACAGCCCUGCAUACUGUGACAGUCUCUGACUAGAGAGGAGAGAGGCGCUCUGUCACAUGACCACACUGGUGUCAGCAACCUCAGGGGAAUGGAAAUACCUAACCUAAGCCCUCAUCCUCUCAAUGGCAAUAAGAAUGUAGAUGCACUUUAGCGGUAUUCCUCAGUGCUAGAUUACAGUUGAUUUAAGUUAUAUAUGAAUAUAUGUUUGUAUACCGGUACACCAGUGUUCCGUCUGACUGGUCCUGAAUUUUACCCACAUUUAUCAGAAACAUUUAUGCCCAAACCCAUUAUUUUAUGUUGACUGUAAGAAGGUUGGUGCUUUAUUACCACAGUUACAGAAAUAGAAUGGGUAGCUAAAAGUGUAUAGGCAUUAAUAGAGGCAUACAAGUAUGAGAUGCCAAGAUUUAGGAUUAGAAAUUCCCACAAUCUUACCAGAAGUGUGUCAGGUGUGGUACAAUCAAUGCCAUUCAGAGCGGAUGUAUUUUCUCUUGCUUGUAAAAUGCAAUGCACUAAGGGAGGAGAACUGCACUAUCAUUCCAUUUCCUGACCUCCUCAUGGCAGCUUUCAUAAUCGUAUGGCUUAUAAGGGUCUGUGUCACAUCACAAACGCACCAAUGUUUUGUUUCCAUUUCCAGGUCCAAAUACAGUCACAGCUAAUUUGUUCUGCUGUUUGUCUUUCCCUUCAUUGCCACUAUGCCAUGCAUUAUUAGACAUUCCCGCCAUCUAAGCACUGUAAGGUCUAUCCACUUUGAUUAACCAAAGCACUUUCUUACUCCAUCUCUCUGUGUUAUUGUGUUGAGAAAAAUAAGAUGGAGAUGGUUUUGUGACACAAUUAGAUAUUUUUUGUUGUUCAAAACUUGACAUGUAAUGUAUAGAAUGCUGUACUAUCGUUGUUGGUUUUAAUGUAUUUAUGAUGCAGAAAAAUAAAUG